AUGUCUGAUUUUGCCAGCAUUCAUCGUCGUCAGCCCCCAAGCCCCCUCGUAUUCGCUCCAGAGUCAGUGCUACCACAGCCUAUUUCUCAGUCAAAUAGCAGCACCUCCUAUGGUUCUGGUUCAAAUACCGUUUCCAUGCCUUUCGUUCGGCGACAUGUCACUCGUCGUCUCAAGACAGCCAAAGCAGAUUGUGACAAGGAGUUGCGUCGUGUGAUUAACAACAUCACCGUUUUCUUCGAAGAGAGACUUCGCGAUGGUGACCAAGAACGCGACAUCGAUCGUGACUAUCGGGACCGGGACUUCGACCGUGACUCUCAGUACGGUGAUGCAGAGCCUCUUCGCGAGGCCUUUGUAUACCACUCUUCGGAUCCUCGGCCUGCUUCGCAGGCUGAUACUUAUUCUGACACUAGUGGUUAUGAGCUCGAACAAGAAAGAAGUCAUAGUCGACAACGUGCGUUUCCAGAGGACGACAGUACAAAGGUUCCCUCUCUGACUCAUCGGGUCUCAUCACCCGGUCUCCUUGCAGCAUCCAACUCUUCCCUCAGUCCCUCCAUGCGCAGGCAAACAGCUUUGCCAUGGGAGAAAUCUGCUUCCACACCGUCUUCCAGUAACCAUAUUCCUAGCCCCAUUGCUGCGUCUGCCACGCUCGCAGACGUUACCAAUCCUCGCAGGCAGUCUAAUGCGAUGCCUCCCACGGCAUGGCCCGCUCAGAGUAUAUCUUCCCGUAGACUUUCACGCAGCGUCCACAUUCCCAUCCGCCCAGUCAAAUCUGGCCAGAGUUCUCGCUCGACCUCCAGAUCCCGAUCCCCACUUCCACCUGCCACAACCCACAGUAGCUUUUCUGAGGCCAUUCCCCUGCCAUCUUCCAUCAAUCGUCGAUCUUCCCGCAUACUAGUGGAUGACCCUAUUGAUCCCAUCAUGACCGCGCUCUAUGACCUCAUUGGCGUAGCAACAGAUGUCACUGAGAUGUCAACAGCCUCACUCACAGCCCAGCCUAAAGUUUGCGAGUCACUCGUUCAGCGGGUGCAAACUAUUGGUAAGGCGUGGGAUGACCAUCCAGACUGGCAUGGGCGAAACUGGUAUGUGCAAGUUCUACUUGCCGUUGCCAGCCUCAGCCGUGUAGUCGAAUGGUGGGAGGCCGAAAAGCAAUUCUGGAAUUUCGAUGAUAAUGAGGACGAGCAAGACGAGCCCCUGAUGUUCGUCCUGAAGCCACCCGACGAGCAUCCUCCCGCGCCUACACCCACUGCCCGCAGCCGUCAAGAGGAGCUACGUUUGACGGCCGAAGAUGAAAGCCGACUUCGGCUGACAAGACCGACGAGCCAGGGGAGGCGCUCCAGAGAUGACGUUCCAAAAGAUCUUUCACUCUCGUCUGUUUCGCCAGAACAGCCGGCGCGAAAAGCCGUUGAGCAUAAUGAAUCUGCGCGCGUCCUAGCGACCGAAAGAUUACGUCUACAAGCGGAGACUGCACAGAACCAAAACAUCGUAAUGGAACUAAGUUUGGACGGCGACCACUUUAUUUGGGUCAAUUAUACAUGGAGAGUUGUCGUUGGGACGGAGCCAUCGGAACUUGCUGGAACCAGAAUUUCACGUCUUCUCGCUCCUGCAGAUUGUUCCGUUUUUCGGGAUGCGACUUAUCAAUUACAACAGGAUGAUUCGCAUACUGUAGAGGUGCGCUUCGGGCUUCAAGUCGAACCCGAGGGCGACCAUGAUGCUUCUAUAUCUGGCGUUCUUUACCAACAGAUGGAGGGGAAAGGCAUGCUCAUGAUCGACCGCGAGGACGCUCAACCGUCUCACACGAUGUGGGUUGUCAAGCCAGUAGGUUCCCCACGAUGGGAUCAUCCUUCACCCUCCAUCGUCUUGGAAUCCGGUGAAGUUGGAGAUGAGCCCGUUGUUGAAGAGUCAUCGAACGCACGCCUUGCCGACCUUGCAGGACUCGAGCCACUGACACCCUUUCCCUUCACACAGCCGAUUUCUACGGAGCCCAUAUUGUGUCGCAUAUGCGAGUGUCAGAUCCCGCAGUGGUACUUCGAGAAGCAUAGCGAGACAUGCGUCGAAGUGCACCGGCUUGAAGCUGAGAUUGUUGAGUGUAAUGAAUCUGUUGGCGAGCUCAAGAACACGAUUCGAGACAUCAUGACUGCCAUGGAUACCCCUUCCCCGACUUCGCCCCCUGAAUACAGAGGCGUCCCCGUUUUCACGCAUUCAAGUUCGCCGAGCAUACCCAGUCCCCUACAGUUGUUCCGCAGGGAUAAGAUGCAGAGGUUGAGUGUGAAGAAGGCCCAGCGCAGGUUGUUAGAAUCGCUCGACGAUGUUCUUCAGGUUGCUUCUGAGAUUUCCAUGCCUUCUUUAAAGGAGGAGGAGUCGAAGGAACCAAUCGAGCGUCAGCGGUUGCUUUCGCCAGGAUCGGAGCGGAAGAUGACCCAGAUACGCACAUGGUGCCGACCGCCUGUCGAGGAUAAUGCUCUUUCUCAGCUUGCUGAAGACGUAGAGCGCAUCAUGAGGCAGAAGGUUGACAAUGUCGUUCGGAUGCAGAACACCAUCAAGUACUCCGAGAAGAUCUGGCACGAAUGGGAGGAGAAAGUCACCGAAAGCCUAGCGAUUGUCGAGGCAGGUGAGAGUAGCGAAAGUGAAGACGAGGACGAAUACCACGAUGGAAUUGAUCCAUUGAUUCUACCUAUUCCCGAAGACGUAGAGGCACCGUUCGAUGACGAUCGUCCCACCAACCAAUCUGAAGAACUACUGUCUUCCGAGCCUACUCCCAUGGCUUCCGCGUCUCCUCUGCUGAUCGCUACCCCAAGCGCUAGUCGCACCACCGUUUCUGCUCCCGUGCCUCAGUUUGCUCCUCCGAUGUGGCAAAUCAUCAACAAGAUGCCCACAAGGUCGUCCACGCCGUCAUCUAUAUCUUCACCUCUUGCUUUGGCCGCCCCAAUCACGGCAUCUCCAUCCCUCGACGAUCAGCCUCCAUACAUGGACCUCAACGACACCCUACCAGGGAAUGCCACCGUUAGAACCCGACGAUCGGCCAGCAACCUUCUCGAACCGCGGCUUUUGGUUACCCCGCCCCUAUCACCCAGUAUAUCCCCUCGAGAUGCCCCCACUACACGACGCGGACAUCGCCGUCAUUCUACGGUGAAUCCCAUACUCAGUCCUUCAGUGUUAAACGUCCCUCUAUCUCCUCGUCAAUCGUCUACAGCUCCUUUAUCAAGAUCGACUCCGACUUCUAUCAAAGAUUUCGACAUCAUAAAGCCUAUCAGCAAAGGCGCUUUUGGAUCUGUCUUCCUUGCAAAGAAGAAGGCUACUGGAGACUAUUACGCUAUCAAAGUUUUGAAGAAGGCCGAUAUGAUUGCGAAGAACCAGAUCACAAAUGUCAAGGCGGAGCGCAUGAUUCUCAUGAAGCAGGCCGAGUCGCCGUUCGUCGCCAAAUUGUACUUCACAUUCCAGAGCAAGGAAAACUUGUAUCUUGUUAUGGAGUAUUUGAAUGGUGGCGAUUGUGCCGCACUUAUCAAGUCCUUGGGCUCGCUCCCCGAAGAGUGGACGAAGCAAUACAUUGCCGAAGUCGUGCUGGGGCUUGAGUAUCUCCACCAGCGUGGUGUUGUUCAUCGUGAUCUGAAGCCAGAUAACCUUCUGAUUGACCAGCACGGUCACUUGAAGCUCACUGAUUUCGGUUUGAGUAGGAUUGGUCUCCUUGGUCGUCAAACGCGUGAAGGACCCAUGGGCAUGGGCAUGCGACAUCGCACAAGAUACGAUUCACGUUCACGACCACCUUCAAUUGACUCCGGAUUUCUCUCAUCACCCUUACUCUCAACCGAAAUGAUUGGUGGAGGUUCGUAUUUUAGCCAGGGAACACAUCCGGUGCCACGCCAGGGAAUCUCGCCUUAUCAGCUUUCUACAGAUGACGCAAGCGAAUCCGGGUCGGAAUCUAUAUACAAUCAUCAUUCACGCCGAAGUAGGGCUGGUGAAAGUCCUCUGCAAUCAUUUGCCACGGAACUGACGACCGACUUACGCUCAUACUCGGGUGGUCACACGCCCCCGGGAGAGCAGAAGUUUGUUGGUACGCCAGAUUACCUUGCUCCAGAAACUAUUCUCGGGCUUCGUGGAGAUGAUGCUGCAGUGGAUUGGUGGGCUCUUGGCGUUAUAACUUACGAAUUUUUAUACGGCAUUCCUCCUUUCCAUGCAGAGACGCCUGAGAAGGUUUUCGAGAAUAUUCUUUCUGGACACAUCGAGUGGCACGAGGACUGGGUCGAGUUCUCCGAUGAGGCUCGUGAUCUCAUGCAACGGCUGAUGUGCAUAGACCCAUCCGUCCGUCUUGGGGCUGGUGGCGCAGAUGAAGUAAAGGGGCAUCCCUUCUUUGAGGGCAUAGAGUGGGACAAAGUCACGUCUACAGAGGCAGCAUUUAUUCCUCAAGUUUCUGAUCCUGAAUCAACCGAUUACUUCGAUCCGCGUGGGGCAAUACCUCAGUUAUUCCACGAGGAGGAUAUCGCUAUCUCGAACCCUAUGGAUAGCCCGUCGCUCACCCUGCCUCCCCCAGCACAGCCGAUACCACUUCUGGGCAGUCGCGAUGCAGCGCCGUCGCCUGCUAGUGACGAUUUUGGAUCAUUCAGCUUCAAGAAUUUACCGGUCUUAAAACAAGCGAAUGACGAUGUUAUUCGCAAAUUGAAGACUGAUCAACUGGCCCCGAUGACACAUACCUUGUCCGAUCCGGUAGGCUCGCAUAACAGGAGGAAGAGCACCUCGCAGAGGUUCAAGAAGCCGCCCAGUGUAGUGACAGCUCUAGAUCAGAAGUCGUUUACUCAGGGUCCUCCUUCGCCCUCAACGUCCACUUCAUCCAUAGCUUCAUCUCCUUCAAGAGCAAGUAUGCCUCCCUCGACACCCGGAAGCAGUAGCGGGAGCCACGCGCGCAAGCCGUCUGAAUUUGGAGCGUUGGAGCGUUUCAAGCUAAAUUAUCUGGAUGGCGUGGAGCGGAGGAACACGAUGCCAAGCCGUUUGCGCAAGGCGUCCGUUUCGAGUAGUGUUGGUGAGGGUUCUGGCUCUGAUCAUUGGCCCUCGUCGGCGGGGCAGAGUUCGAGUCAGUUUGACACGCCUCCUUCAUCGGUCCACUCGAUCGACUUGAAGAAGGGGCCCGAUCCUACUGAUCGUGCGGUGACUUGUCUACUCGCCGAGGAUAACCCAAUAACAGCCAAAAUUCUCGAGACACUGCUCAUUCGUCUUGGCUGUCGCGUCGUCGUGGUUGCGGAUGGGUCAGAGGCAAUGAGCGUUGCUAUGGGUGACAUCAAAUUUGACUGCAUCCUCAUGGAUUUACACAUGCCAGUCGUUGAUGGCGAAGGUGCUGCUCGAUACAUCAAGACAACCAAUGGCAAGAAUUCCAACACACCUAUAGUUGCUGUCAGCGCCUACAGCACUGCAGACUCCAACGACAGCAGCUUAUUUACCGCCUCACUCACUAAACCCGUGCAGAGGGCUGAUCUUCUAGCCGUCAUGCGAAGACUUGGAUUCAAGACUUCGGCUGUUCAAGGCCUAUCCGCAAAAGUCACAGCAUCUCGUGUAUCAUGA